CGUCGCGACGUGGAAAUUUCAAAGAUUCUCCGAAUCACACGCUCCUCAACCUCACGCAAUGGAUACAGCUAGUCCGAUUCCUCUUUUGAGCGCGAAAUUCCGCGAAGUGUUGGGAAACUUUUGCAACAAGUCCAAACUCUGGUGAAAGCGGUGAAAAGUGAAAGAAGAAUAAGUUAAAAUGAAUGAAACGAAGUUUUGCAACUUGCUAACCGUCGAGAAGAACUAUCGGGAAGUACAUGGUCCUUUGAGUGUGAUAGUUUGUGUUUUCGGUUCGGUGGCUAAUAUUUUGAACAUUUGCGUAUUAACGACGAAGGAAAUGCGAUGGCCAACAAACUUCAUCCUUACGGGACUCGCGGUCGCGGAUUUACUAGUCAUGUUGGAAUAUAUACCGUUCUCUUUUCAUAGAUACCACAACUUGGAGCAGAGGGACUACAUUCAACACUUCUCCUACAACGGCGCGGUCUUUAUGAAGUUCCACGCGCUCUUCAGCCAGAUGUUUCAUUUUAUUUCCUGUUGUUUGACUGUAAUUUUGGCAAUUUGGAGAUAUCUCGCUAUCACAAGUCCACACAACAGCCGGUACUGGUGCGAUACCAGAAAAACAAUUACCGUAAUUGUUUUAACAUACUUGGCGUGCCCUUUGAUCUGCUUUCCGCUGUUCAUAUCGCUCCAUAUUGCAUCGCAUAAUCAAACUUGUGACAUUAACGAUAAAAUAAUUGAUAACGAUACCGGACUGGUGUUUAUGAAUAGUUCGGAGGUUUUUUACAAAACAAUUUAUGUGACCACAUACAUCAACGACACCUAUCUGACUUGGAGUUUUUGGAUAUACGCUGUGGUCAUCAAAUUAGUGCCCUGCGUGCUUCUCACGUACUUGUCCCAAAAACUUGUUCUGGUCCUUUUGGAGACCAAGAAAAGGAAAAAUAAGCUGCUCAAUCAAAAUCUUCCUUUGACUGAACUGAAAGAUUCGAAACCUAUGAUGAAUGCCAGGAAAAAAGACAAACAAGCGGAUAGAACGUCUGGUAUGCUGGUGGCAGUUCUUUUGUUGUUUCUCCUAACUGAGUUUCCGCAAGCUAUACUGGGUUUCUUCGGUGCAAUUAUUGGAGACAAGUUCCAAAAACAGUGUUACGAACCACUUGGUGAGUCACGAACUUAAUUAGGAAAAUUGCUAUAGACAAUUCAUGUAAUCACCGAAUACGAAAUAUCAAAAACCUUAUUUGAAAUGAAGAACAAAUCAUCUUCCGGUAUGGACGAAAUCUCUAUUAUUACUAUCAAACAUAUAUUUCCCGUUAUUAUUGAACCACUAACUU